CUUAAAAUCCACUCUCCUUUAUUUUAAUCAUAUGUUAUAACUAACAAGUCAUAUUUUCAAUUUGAAUGGAUAUUUCUUCAACGGCUAUAUUUGUAACGGCUAUAUUUCGAACAACUAUUUUUACAACGGCCACAUUUCCAACGGCUACUUGUCCAACGGCUAUAUUUCCCUGCUCUAUAUAUGCAUGCUCGAACCGUCUGGUUCCUACACUAAUCCAUUGGCCUUCUUGUUUCACCUCUUACAGAAAUGAGUCGUUUCUCUCGCUUAGCUUCGUCGUCGUCGUCCUCGUCGGACGAUGACAAAGAUGAAGAAUUGUUCAUCGCAUUGCAGCAAGCACACAGUCAAUAUCAAGCUAUGCAAGUUCCUCGAUGGGGCGGGUCUGUACCAGGGCGUCAGUAUGUUCAUCGCGAUAGAGAAGCCGGGCAUUAGAGGCUGUACAACGACUACUUUUCAGAUGCUCCGACCUACGGGGCAAAUUUCUUUCGCCGCAGGUUUGCAAUCAGUCAAACCUUUCUUUCAUAUUCUUUCUGUUGUGAGUCCGCUUGUUUUCUUAUUAUCGUAUUUUGAUCAGGUUUAGAAUGAACCGUGAUCUGUUUCUUCGCAUAGCACAAGCCAUAGAGCAACAUGAUAAUUACUUUAUGCAAAAAAGAGAUAGAAAUGGAUGUCUUGGGUUAUCAUGUUUGCAGAAGGUUACCGCAGCAUUCCAGAUGAUAGCUUAUGGAGUAGCAGCUGAUUUUAUGGAUCAAUAUGUCCGUUCUGCUGAAAGCACGAACAUAGAAAGUCUUAGAAGGUUUGCCAAAGCGGUUGUCGAAGUUUAUGGAUAUGGGUAUUUGAGAUCCCCAAAUGAGGAAGACACAGCUAGAUUACUUGCGAUUGGAGAGAGUAGAGGUUUCCCUGGAAUGCUUGGGAGCAUAGAUUGUAUGCAUUGGGGAUGGAAAAAUUGUCCUGCAGCAUGGCAAGGACAGUACACCGGCCAUGCGCAUGAGCCAACAAUCAUUCUUGAAGCUGUUGCUUCUAAAGAUCUUUGGAUUUGGCAUGUUUUUUUUGGUUUAGCAGGGUCUCACAAUGAUAUCAAUGUUCUUCACCGUUCUCAUCUUUUUGCAAAGCUAGCCGAAGGGGAAGCUCCACAAGUUAGUUACACUGUCAAUGGUCAUAAUUAUACAAUAGGGUAUUACCUUGCAGAUGGCAUCUAUCCUCAAUGGGCGACAUUUGUGAAGACCAUACCACAGCCACUGGGAAAUAAGAGAAAAUAUUUUGCCAAGGCACAGGAGGCAGUUCGGAAGGAUGUUGAAAGAGCAUUUGGAGUUCUACAAUCUCGUUUCGCCAUUGUUCAUGGACCAGCCCGAUUCUGGGAUAAAGAUACCCUAAGACAAAUUAUGAUAGCUUGUGUCAUCAUGCAUAAUAUGAUUGUUGAAGAUGAGAGGGAUGAAGAUGAACAGAUGCAGUACGAGUAUGUUGGCCAACUUGUGAGACCUACACCUCGUGAAGUUCGUAAUCGUACUCCGGAGCUACAUGAUUUCCUUCAAGCUCAUAAUAACAUCAGGAAUAGGGAAACUCACUCUCAACUUCAAGAAGAUCUAGUUGAGCACCUCUGGCAACGUCAUGCAGACAUGUAUUGA